AUGGUAUUAAUCGCAAUCAGUGAAAUAUUUAGCGCACUUAUCAGCAAUUUCGGACCACGAUGCUUACAGCGACGGAAGAGGAUUGAGGGCCAGGUAGUGCUAAUAACCGGCUCUGGUAAUGGUCUCGGUCGAUUAAUUGCUUUGAAUUUUGCUACAUGUGGAUGCAGGCUAGUGUUGUGGGAUAUUGAUGAGAAAAGCAACGCAGAAACGAAACAAAUGUGUGAGGAUUUUGGUGCAGAGGCUCACGUAUUCCGAGUAGAUAUGUCACAGCGUCAGGAAAUAUACGCAGCCGCAGAUCGGGUGAUGGCCGAAAUCGGAGACGUCGAUAUUCUUAUAAAUAAUGCAGGAAUGCUUCGCGAUCCUGGGGAUUUUCUGUGUAAAUCUGAUGACUUCAUCGAGAAGACCGUUCAAGUCAAUAUGUUAGCGCAUAUGUGGAUGGCGAAAGCAUUUCUUCCCCGUAUGAUCGAAAGGAGAUCUGGGCACAUCGUCUGCGUUUGCUCCUUGUCAGCAAUUGUAGGAGCCAGAGCGAUAACACUUCUCAAACCCGAAAUUGUAGCCGAGGAAAUCUUCGACGCUAUACUCACCAAUAAACGGAUACUACUACUUCCUAAAAGUGCUUACACACUUUAUGCUUUGAAAGGGUGA